AAUUUAAAAAUUAAUUUAGAGAACGAAAGAUCAUAAGAAGUUAUCAUCGCUUUUUUAUCUCCUUAAAAUGAAGUGAAUCUCAAGUGAAUCUCAAUAUUUGUAGAAAUAAAAUAAUGUUUCUUCGUAUUCUCAAUUCGAAUAAUAUUAGAAAGCGAUUAUUCGGUGGAUUGUUAUUGUUUGUUUUAUCAUUUAUUAUAUAUGUGAACUUCAAUCAGAAUGUAAAAAAUUGUUACUUUGAUAUUACUUGGAAGGAUGGGAGAACAUUAAGAAGUGUUGCUGAGAAUUCCAGACUUGAAUCUGUUGUUAAUCCAAAGAAUAUUUUCUUUCACGAGACUUCAUGUUCACUUGAUGGCAUUGUGAAAAUGAAUAGUAGACAAGCUUGUGCUGUUGAGUCAGCAGCAUUAAUGAAUCCUGGACAUCAAGUGUAUGUUUUGUUCACUUCACAAGUAGGAUUUCGUAAUACAACUCAACUCCCGAUAAUAGAUGCACUUCUUUCAUAUCCUAACAUUCACUUUAACUACCUUAAUCUAACUCAAUAUGCUGCACAUACGCCACUCGCAAAAUGGAUGAAGUCACAAGAACUCUUCAAAUCUCAUUAUGUCAAUUCACAUACCUCAGACAUUCUACGAUAUUUAUCAUUAUGGAAAUAUAGCGGAACGUAUCUUGAUCUUGAUGUCGUCGUAUUGAAGUCGUUUGACUCAAUCAAUACAAAUUUCGCUGGAGCUGAGUCCAAUAACUUUGUUGCUGCAGGGAUUAUAAAUUUAGAAAAUGAUUCAGGACAUAAAAUUGCCGACAUGUGUGUCAAAGAUUUGCUUAAAAAUUUCAAUGGAGCUGAUUGGGGUAAUAACGGACCAGGCGUCAUCACAAGGGUCUGCCAAGAGAUUUGUCAUACCAAAAAUGUAUCGGAGAUGAUAACGAUGAAUAAUUGCGAAAACUUUCAUGUCCUUCCCAUCGAAUCUUGUUACUCAAUUCGCUGGCCUGAACAUAUAAAAUUUUUCAAGAAAGAAUUCCUCAAUGAAACUUUACAAAGAUUGAACCAUUCAAUAAUCGCUCAUGUUUGGAAUAAACAUUCUGCAGCUACACCACUUAAUGUAAAUUCAAAUGUUGCAUACAUCAAUUUAGCUAAAAGAUAUUGUCCAAAAGUUGUUGCAGUAUCGGAAUUUUUCUAAUUUAUCAAGAUUCGUGAUAUGAAAAUUUACUUAAGAUUUGGUUGCUUUUCAUUAAAAAUUGAACAAGCUUGAUGCUGACCAAAUGGGUUCAAAUUUCUAAUUUUCCAGUUGCUAUGAUCAAUUGAAACCUGUUGAUAUUAUUAACUUUGUUCAAUAUAAUAAAUAUUUUGAAUAAAAAAGUAUUUUACAAAUUUAAAUAGAAAAA